UAUUGGUGAUGUGAUGGCAGAUGUGGAAGUUACUGGCGAAUUGUCUUUCGAUAUACGGAUAUUAAACGUGGAUAAAGUUAAGGAUACCUUUAAAACGGUAAUAGAUAUCGGUGGCAAGGGAAACAGUUCAGAUGGGGAAUAUACGGAUGAAAAUGUAUCGGAUAAUGAAAAUAAAGUUGAAGGAAUUAUAAGAGCGAAUGAGUUAAGAGUUACGGCCCCGGCGAUGAUGGAGUGUGUGUAUCAGUAUCCGGAAAAAGAGCAGUUCGACGCUGUUCUGAGUGAUAUGAUGAACCAAUUGACGAAGAUUUUCGUCCGAGCGCAAGAUGUCAUAAGAGAAGAGUCUCGGCGUGACCCGACCCGGUUCCGCGUCGUCAACAAACUGGAUUCCAGCUUCUUUGAAAAGGCCUUUACGCAAAUGUCCGACGAAUUCAGACAGUUCUACAACACUACAGUACCAAUGUACAACCGCGCAGCCGACCCGUGUGACAACCAAGAACAAAUCAAGGAGGUAUGGCAGAAGCUUCUAGAACACUCGCAGAAGACCCUGGAACGAGCUGGUCUGCUCUGCGUAGAUGAGUUCCUUCGUACCAAGAGUCGAGCUGAUGACUCGCUUGCGAAACAGAAGUUAGACCAACUGGCUAAGAGGGAACUUUCCAAGACACGAUUGAAUCUACUGGACAGACUCUGCGAUGACUUUCAGAUGUGUUACAAUGAACUUAUAUAG